GCGGUUGACAGACCUAGAAUAUAUUCAUCGUGGCAUUCAGACAGAGCUUGAGCAGAAUGACAAAUUUCAACAUCAACAUCGUGUCAGAUACAGUCUGCCCAUGGUGUUAUGUUGGAAAGCAGCGCCUUGACAAGGCCAUAGCGGCAUACAAGCAGAAGCACCCAGAGUCUGGCGACACUUUCUCGACAACAUGGCAUCCGUUCUACCUGAACCCAGAUGCCGGCAAAAGCGUUGACAAGCAAGAAGUAUACGUCAAAAAGUUUGGGCAGGAGCGUGUAGCAACCAUGCAACAGAUGCUCGCUAAGAUUGGCAAAGACGAGGGCAUAUCAUUCAAGUUUGGUGGCAGGACGGGAAACACCCGCGACUCACAUCGUCUUAUCCAGCUUGGCAAGACCAAAGGACCGAAGAUGCAGACGCGCGUUGUCGAGGAGCUUUUUGCCGGGUACUUCGAGAAUGAAAAGGACAUUACAGCGCGUGAAAUGUUGAUUGAAAGCGGUGUGAAAGCUGGUCUUGAAGAGAAGGAGAUUAAGGAGUGGUUGGACAACGGGAAAGGUGGAGCUGAGGUUGAUAAGGAGGUGCAGAAUGCACGUGAGCAGAACAUCAGUGGAGUACCGAACUUCACCAUCAACGACAGCUUCGAGAUUAGCGGAGCUCAAGAGCCAGCUGCGUUCGUACAGCUGUUUGAGCGUUUGAAGAGGAUGGAAGGCAGUCUCUGAGGCGGACAGAAUUUGCCUGAUAUACGUCAGGGUUCAGUGUCUUGCAAAUGACAAACCAUUUACUUUUAUGCGAAGAGGUUCUCUUGCUUCUGUACGUCUCAGUCUAUUGAUCUAAAUGAGCUACUGUGUGGACCUAGUUGCUUUCAUCCGUUAUAUGCCUUCCUCACCUCUACCUUCACUCACCUCUACCUUCACUUGCUUCCUUUUCACGUGACAUCAGUUAGUGCCUUGGCAUCGCGUGGCCAUAUGAUCCACCUUCCUCGCUUCCGCACUCUUCCUUACCA